UUGAUGAAGAUGAAAUUAAAUCUCUGCAAAAUAGUUGAUGGCUGUCGCCUUGGGACAAUGACAAAUCUUGGCAAGAAAGGGGUUCAAUCUAUGGAAAUUCCAGGAUGUCUGCUUUAUACCAAAAUGGGAUCAGCACCACACCUGACGUAUGAUACUCUACAGAAUGUUCAAGGUGUUCCUGUGGUUGCCCAGAUUCCACUUACAACACUAGCAGAUCUUCAGGAGGUCUUGCAGGAAUAUAAACAAGGAAUUGGAAAAUUCAUAGGUAUGCCAGAAUCUAUAUUAUAUUGUUCCCUUCAAGACCCUGCUGUUUGCUCCCCUCACGGCUACAAUAGCAUGAAGACUGUAUCUAUAUGGAACAAUAGAGGACGGAAAGAAUUCACAGCAUCAAAAUUCAUGGACAUGCAAAAGGUUAUUCAGCCAGACUGGUUCCAGUGCCUGUCAGAUGGAGACACUAUUUCAGGAGACAUCUCCAAAAAGAAAGCCAAGAAAUCUGUAGAUCGAUCGCUGUGCUUUUUGGACGAAUGUUUACAGCUGCAAGAAAAUUCUCCAGAAUUGCAACAGAGUUUGAUGAUUGGAGUUAUUGAAGGUGGAGAUGUGUUGGAAGAAAGACUAAGAUCAGCCAGGGAGACUGCCAAAAGACCGGUGGCUGGAUUCCUAUUGGAUAGCUUUCAGGGAAAUACCAUGACUAAGGAGACUAAAUUAGAGCUCUUAUCCUCAGUUACAACUGAGCUGCCAGAAGAUAAACCAAGACUGAUCCAUGGUAUUGGUAAGCCAGAUGAAGUCCUGGAGUGCAUUAAAAGAGGAAUAGAUAUUUUUGAGAGUUGUUUUCCUUAUCAGGUGACAGAACGAUGCUGUGCUUUGUCCUUCAGCUAUGAUUAUCAACUGAAUCCUGAAUCAGCAGUUAUAAAAGAAAAUGGACAAACAGAAGUGAGGAAAGUUGAUAAGGAAACAAAAAAUGAAACAUGCAGUGAAGCUCAAGAAAUGACUUCAUUUGAAAUAUAUCUGAAAGAAAAGAAGUACCAGGAUGAUUUUAAUCCCUUAGUAAAUGGAUGCCCGUGCUAUUGCUGUCAAAACCACACUCGUGCCUAUAUCCAUCACCUCCUCGUGACCAAGGAGCUGCUGGCUUAUGUGCUCCUUAUGACGCAUAACUUUCAGCAUUACUUCAGCUUCUUUUCUUCUGUCCAAAAUGCUUUGAAAGAAGAUAAGUUGGAUCAGUUGAGAAAGAUUAUCAGCAGGCAGGCCCUCUGAGGUCAGAUGUGUAGAAAGCAGCUUCCCCAACCUGGUUUACCCUUCUGGAUCAAGAUUAUGGUGCACGGCUGUUACACAAUAGCUGCGGGGUAGAAGCCCACGAUAGAAGAAGAUCGAUACUUUGCCUGCCAUCUCAUAUCUGAGCAUAACUUUCUUGGUCCCUGUAAAUUUAGGAAAAAUUGGGGUUUUUUCAGAGUCAUUAAUCUUUGAAAAAUAUAAAAAAUAAGGUUAUUUUUAUAGAAAUAUUAACAUGAUUUUUCUGAAUUGUAUUAGUGAUAUUAACUGUUUAUGGACACCUGAACUGCAGUGAGAAGAAAAAAAAAACAUCAGCUAACUUAAGAAUUAGGGAAGGGGGAAAAAACGCCACAUCUCUUUGGGAUACUGACCUACAGCUAUUGUAUAUUAAUUUAUUUUGUUUUUGUUUCUAAUUAUCAGGAAAAAAGCUAGAAAUCUAGGAAAAAAUCAUAGGAAAAAAAAUACUUCCUGUAAUGAGUUGUGCCUCACUUGGACUCUUCUGACAGUUGGAACAUUUUACAAAUGAAUGCAUUCCUUAAAGUUCUCUGUGUUCUUGUUAGCCAGUUUUUUUUUUCUUCUUAUAUUGUCUGUUAGAGAACCUGAUUUUAAUAACAUCAAAGGAUAACUGUUUAUCCCAACUGAAAACAGUGCAGUAAUUAUCAGAGAUCCAUAUGAAUUCGUCAAGAACAAAUCUUAAUAGACUAAUCUUAAGUCAUGUUUUGAUUGGGUAACUUCCUUGAUCGAUUGUGACAAUGCUCUGGACCAGUGUUUCUCAACCUUGGCAACUUUAAGAUAUGUGGACUUCAACUCCCAGAAUUCCCCAGCCAGCCUUGUAUUCCCCAGCCAGUCCAUAUAUCUUAAAGUUGUCAAGGUUGAGAAACACUGCUCUGGACAAUAGAGGCUGACGUCCUUGGCAACAGCUUGCCUCACGAGGUAAGGCUGGAUCCUGUUCUCCUGGCCCUCCAGAAGCUCAUAAGAACUUAGCUGUUCCGCAAGACCUUUUGGAACUGACUGCUGUAGAGCUCCUAGUGCCAGGAAUAUGGUAUUAUUUUUUUACCAUAAUUUUGUAUUUUAUUUCUGUUCUUGUAGGUUACUGUUAUUAUUGUACUGACUGUGGCUGUUGCUUUUGUACACCACUUACAGAGCCUUGACAGAGCCAGUUUGUAAAAUUCAUAAAAGAAAAGCUUUUAACAAA